AUGGAAGAUGAGACUUCACCAGGUGAAACGGAGAGGGCAAAAGUUGCACGGCGUGCUGCUCCUGAGCUGGAUCGGCAGAUAUCGGUCAGCGAGUUCCUUUGCCACUGCUGUUACGACAUUCUGGUCAAUCCCACCACCCUCAACUGUGGGCACAGUUUCUGUAGACAUUGCCUAGCCCUGUGGUGGGUGUCAUCCAAGAAGAACGAAUGCCCUGAAUGCAGAGAAAAAUGGGAAGGAUUCCCCAAAGUCAACAUCCUCCUCAGGGAUGUAAUUGAAAAGCUAUUUUCCGAUGCCAUUGAACAAAGAAAAGAAGAUAUUCAACAAAACAGUGAUGUAGCACGCAGCUUAGCAACCUUCCAAAAAUAUGGGAAUGACCAGGCCCCUGCAGUGCCAAACACUGGAAGAAUUAAUCGUCGAGGAGGAGGUUUUUUCUUAGGCGUUCUGACAGCUCUGACCUGUGUAGCAGUAGUUCUACUUCGGUAUCACUGGAAGAGCAGAGAAUUUAAAGAAGAUCUUCUUGUCCUCAAGCCUGUUGCUAAAUGGACUGCUGAGGAAGUGAUAGUUUGGCUAGAGCAGCUGGGCCCAUGGGCUGCACACUAUAAAGACAGAUUUUUACCAGAGAAAGUGAAUGGAAGACUCCUUCUAACACUGACAGAGGAGGAUUUCACCAAAGAGCCUUACAGUAUAGAGAACAGUAACCACAGAAAAGCCAUUAUGGCAGAACUGGAAUGUGUGAAAACUUUAGGUGUUAAACCUCCCCAGAACCUUUGGGAAUAUAAGGCAGUAAAUCUAGGAAAAUCACUUUUUCUUCUGUACGCACUGAAGAGUUCUCCAAGACUCAGUAUGUUAUACCUGUAUUUGUUUGAUUACGCAGAAGCUUUCCUACCUUUCAUCCACACAACUUGCCCUGUGCAAGAAGACAAGUAUGAAGAUCUUGUCACAAAACUACUAGACCUUAAAGAUCCUUCUUGGAAACAGUGGAGAGAAUUCAUUGUGAAGUAUUUAUUUUUGCCAUACCAGCUGAUAGCUGAAUUUGCUUGGGAUUGGCUGGAUGCGCACUACUGGACAUCAAGAUUUAUAAUUGUAAAUGCCAUGCUGCUCUCUGUUCUGGAAUUGCUCUCCUUUUGGAGGCUCUGGUCAAGAAGAGAAAUGAAGACUAUUCCUCAGAGAAUGCGGAGACACCUCUGGAAAGUCUCAACCCGGGGUCUUUUUGUUGCCAUUUUUUGGCCUUUUAUUCCUCAAUUUGUCUGCAAUUGUUUGUUUUACUGGGCCUUGUAUUUUAACCCGAUCAUAAACAUUGAUCUUGUGGUUAAAGAAGUAAGGCGUCUGGAGACACAAGUGCCGUGACUUGCAUUGGAACUUUUGAGCUGUUUAGCUUCUAAAAGUGGACAUUUGAAAUAAGCUUUACUCUUCUUUAUAUACGUGGCAGUGAAA